GACAACCACGGAGGGGGCGGGGCUCCGCUACUCAUCAUCAACCCUCGCUGCUGCUGCCUGCGGACUGUUGUUGUUCCGCUCGAUGCUAACGGCUAACGGCUAACAGCCUGUCAAGAUGUCGUCACACCGGCACACGGAGCGACGCUCGCGCCUGUAACCUCUCGCCUUGUUCCGGCAGUCCGUUAGCUCGAGUUAGCGCUGAUUAACCCGGGUUAGCUGUCCCUCUCCGGGUUUGAACCACCCGGUGUCAUCGAUGCUAACCGCUUAGCACUGUUAGCAUGUCCCAGUGUUAUCACUGCUAGCUUCCUUAGCUGGUUAGCAUUUAGCUCCCCGUUCUGUUGUCCCGUUAGCUAACCUGUUAGCUGUGUGUUGUAACAUUAACACUUAUCCCGGGACGUUCCCGUGAUAAUGUGCGGCCGUGUGCAGACAGCAUUGGUUGUUAGUGUCGGGACAUGUUGUUCCCCGGAGCUAACAGCUGCUAGCAGCUAACGUUAGGUGUUAGCUCAUGUCUUUGUUUGGAGCCGUUAGCUCGGGCUGUUAGCAUAGCUAGCCGGUAGAUUAGAUUAGACUUGUAACGGGAGCUAACACAGUGUGUAUUUCUGCGAGCUGUCAGCUGUUUCCGGGCAGAUUACAGCGUUUUAUUAGAUUUUUGUGGCUGACAUGCAGCGGUCAGCUCCUCCAGCUGUUUAGUCACCUUCAUCAUCAUCACCAUCAUCAUCAUCCGGGUCAUUAUGGCCCUCCGAGCCGCAGCCUACCUGCUCAUCCUCUCAGGAUGCAUUGCUGCGUCUCAGAGCAACGACAACGUCUAUGUGUCGGGGAUUUCUAACGCGUGUGGAGAGGUAGCAGAGCUGCUGAGAGGCUCCAGUGGGGUGAUCACCAGUCCCGGCUGGCCCUUCCAGUACCCGGCCCGACUCAACUGCAGCUGGAACAUCAGGGCCCGGCCCGGCGACGCCAUCACGCUCAGUUUCCAGGACUUUGACCUUCAGGGCUCCCACCGCUGCUCUGCAGACUGGAUGUCCGUGAGCAGCUACCGGAGUCUGGACGGUCUGAGGGUCUGUGGGUCCUCUCUGCCGCCCCCCUACAUCUCGUCCCAGGACCACGUCUGGAUCCACUUCCACUCCGACGACAACCUGACGGGGAAAGGCUUCCGCCUGUCCUACGUCACCGGGAAGCCGGAGGCGUCGGGCUGUGACGUGGACCAGUUCCACUGCUCUAACGGGAAGUGCAUCCCCGACUGGUGGCGCUGUAACUCCAUGGACGAGUGUGGAGACAACUCGGACGAGGAGCUGUGUGUGGAGUCUCCGUUCUCCUUCCAGCCCUGCAGCCUGAACCAGUUCCCCUGCCUGUCCCGUUACACCCGCAUCUACACCUGCCUGCCGCACAGCCUGCGCUGUGACGGCAGCAUCGACUGCCAGGAUCUGGGGGACGAGAUAGACUGUGACGUUCCCACCUGUGGAGAACGUCUGAGGAACUUCUACGGCUCCUUCAGCUCUCCCAACUACCCCGACUUCUACCCCCCAGGAAGUAACUGCACCUGGCUGAUCGACACCGGGGACCACCGCAAGGUCAUCCUGAGGUUCACAGACUUCAAACUGGACGGGACCGGUUACGGAGACUACGUGAAGGUGUACGACGGCCUGGAGGAAAACCCUCGCCGCCUCCUCCGCGUGCUCACGGCGUUCGACUCCCGGGCGCCGGUCGCCGUGGUUUCAUCGUCCGGUCAGCUCCGAGUUCACUUCUACGCCGACAAGAUCAACGCGGCCAGAGGCUUCAACGUCACCUACCAAGUGGACGGGUUCUGUUUGCCGUGGGAGGUUCCCUGCGGGGGGAACUGGGGCUGUUACACGGAGCAGCAGCGCUGUGACGGGUACUGGCACUGUCCCAACGGCCGGGAUGAGCUCAACUGUUCUGCGUGCCAGGAGGACGAAUUCCCCUGUUCCAGAAACGGAGCGUGUUACCCUCGAUCGGACCGCUGCAACUACCAGAACCGCUGCCCCAACGGUUCUGAUGAGAAGAACUGCUUCUUCUGCCAGCCGGGGAACUUCCACUGCAAGAAUAACCGCUGUGUGUUUGAGUCGUGGGUGUGCGAUGCCCAGGACGACUGCGGCGACGGCAGCGAUGAGGAGAGCUGUCCCGUCAUCGUUCCCACCCGAGUCAUCACGGCGGCCGUCAUCGGCAGCCUCAUCUGUGGCCUCCUAUUGGUCAUCGCUCUGGGCUGCACCUGCAAGCUCUACUCACUACGCAUGUUCGAACGCAGGUCCUUUGAGACCCAGCUGUCCAGAGUGGAGGCGGAGCUGCUGCGGAGGGAAGCCCCGCCCUCUUAUGGUCAGCUGAUCGCCCAGGGACUGAUCCCGCCAGUGGAGGACUUCCCCGUGUGCUCCGGGAGCCAGGCGUCCGUUCUGGAGAAUCUGCGCCUGGCCGUCCGCUCCCAGCUGGGCUUCACCUCGCUCCGCCUCCCAUCCGCCGGUCGCCAUAGCAACCUGUGGCGCCGCCUCUUCACGUUCUCGCGGUCGCGGCGCUCUGGCUCUCUGGCGCUGGUCUCGGCCGACCUGGAGGACGCCGCGGGGACGGCGAGCAGCUCCGGCUCAGAGCCGCCUUCCCCGGACUCUGACGACACGGACACGGAGGCGGAGCGCGGGCGGGGGGGCAGCGUGGGGGCGGGCGCCGUGGGCGGGCCCGUGGCCCCGCUGCCCCACAAGACCCCGCCCUCGUCCGCCGUGGAGGCCGUGGUCUCCGUGACGACCUCCGCUCCCUCGCCGACACCCGUCUGCGGCCGCGCCCGCCCCCGAGAGGCCCCGCCCCCUUCCAGCCCGGUUACCAUGGUGACAUCCUGCGAUCCGGAGGAGCCACAGGCCCCGCCCACCUCCGCCCUGCAGCGGCUGGCCCACAACCUGCACCGCCUCGCCAGGAACCUGGCGGGGAGCGGCCAGAACCAGCCGGACCCGGCUUGGACCAAUCACAGCCCGCUGCGGCAGCUGGAGACAGGAAGGGGCGGGGCCUGGACCAAUCACAGCCCGCUGCGGCAGCUGGAGACGGGAAGGGGCGGGGCUGAGGCUGCGGAGCAGCGCGGGCAGCGAGAGGAAGAAGAAGACGUGGAGCUGCUGAUCCCGGACUCUGACUCCUCGCUGAGCGACGCUCGCACGCCGCUGCUGGAGCCACGCCCCCCCACCGGCCACGGCCCCCGCCGUCACCGUGGAAACGGACCCUGUGAACACUGCGGGAUGGUCCACACGGCUCAGAUACCCGACGCCUGUCUGGAUGCCGCCGCGGGGAAGACGGAGAGCAGCGACGAUGAGCUGCUGCUGCUCUGCUAACAGGCUAACUCACAGGCUAACAGGCUAACUCACAGGCUAACUCACAGGCUAACUCACAGGCUAGCUAACAGGCUAACUCACAGGCUAACAGGCUAACUCACAGGCUAACAGGCCAACUCACAGGCUAACAGGCUAACUCCAAUACCCUGAUACGCCCACAGAUACCCCGAUACUACUACAACUAGCCAUAAUGCUAACACUUUGACUGGACUACAAGUAGCCAUAAUGCUAACACUUUGACUGGACUACAACUAGCUGUAAUGCUAACACUUUGACUGGAUUACAACUAGCCUACACCUGUUAGCAUGUUAGCUGGAUUAAAGGUUAGCGCUCUGUGAUGUCAGAGAUGAAAGGACCAAUCAGAGACGGGGGAGUGAUGUCUGAUUACUAUUAAAACUCUCCUCUGGUCCGUCCGUUAAAACGCUCCCCCCUCCUUCCUGCUCGGUACGACUGACUGAACACUGACUUCCUGCUCCGCUGGAAUGUAACUAAGUACAUGUACUGCAGCACUCAGUACACAGUACUUCAGUCCACAUGUUGAGGUACUUGUACUUUACUUGAGUCUUUUCUUUUCAUGUCACUUUCUACUUCUACUCCA